AUGAUGGACGAGGUAGAUUUUGAGCUCUGUUUGAAUGUAGAUCAAGUGGCAACUGGCUUCCCCCGCGAGAAGAGAAAACGUUGCCCUGUACAGAAUAAUAUCACCAACUCCAUAAACAACAACACUCCGCGGGUAGGAACAUAUAACGUGAUUGGAGACAGUACUGCAGACGAGAGCUCCAUAACCCCAAUUCCACCGGCCAAGAGAGCAAGGAUAUCCCAAUCCGAACUUCCGUACCAGACACAAUCCACGAACGCAAGUCAUCAGGGCUCAGGGCCGCUGCUGUAUUCUAGUCAGCUUUUCAAUCAUUAUACGGGUUUCUUUAGCCUUGAUAGCUAUCAGCAAGGUCAAGUCGAUGCGAAUGGCGUCUUGCCUGCUGUGCCUCGCCGGGCUAUGAGCGAAGAGAUAGACAUAGACAUGAUGGAUAUGGGGAGUGAAACGGAGACACAGGCUGAGACAGAGGCGUCUCCUGAGAGGUUCCAUGGGCAGUGUCCGAUUCAUUCGUUUGGUACUUGGCCAAAUUCCUCUUCUAGUGGAGGGCUUAGAAGCUUCUCUUCGCAACGCAACAAUUUGCCGAGCAUGUUUCCCAUCUACGAGGAUCCCGUGGAUAUGGAGAUUGAGAGUGUCUUCUGCGGAGAGGAUUGGUACUCUUCACCCGACGAAGACAAGGAAAAUGUUGAGAAUGGCCAUGAGCAAGGUAGUAUUUUGCAGGAGAUGGAUUCGAACUCUGUUGCAGACUAUCAACGGGGGUGA